CACGUGACCCGCCCGCCCAGCUCGCUCUGUGGCUGGUACUAUAUCCCGGCAUCCUUUGCGGCCUGCUUUCUCUUUCCGGGAACCAAGAUGUCUAAGAGAGGACGUGGAGGUUCUUCUGGUGCGAAAUUUCGCAUCUCCCUCGGUCUCCCCGUGGGCGCAGUUAUCAACUGUGCUGAUAACACAGGUGCCAAGAACCUGUACAUCAUCUCCGUCAAGGGAAUCAAAGGUCGCCUGAACAGACUGCCAGCUGCUGGCGUUGGCGACAUGGUGAUGGCCACAGUUAAAAAAGGAAAGCCUGAACUAAGAAAAAAGGUGCAUCCGGCAGUGGUAAUACGACAACGAAAAUCGUAUCGGAGAAAAGACGGGGUCUUCUUAUAUUUUGAAGACAAUGCAGGGGUGAUAGUUAACAAUAAGGGGGAAAUGAAAGGUUCAGCUAUCACAGGCCCUGUGGCAAAGGAGUGUGCAGACUUGUGGCCCAGGAUCGCCUCCAACGCAGGAAGCAUUGCGUGAACCUACCCUCUUUGUACAAUAAAAUAAACUAACAAAAUCUGGUAUA